AUGGCAACCACUCAACCUGGCAAGCCCUCCAAUCAAACCAAGGAGAAUCCGCCGUACUCGGCCGAUAUUCCUGGCCGCCCAGUCAUUGCCGGGGAAACAAUUCCUCGAGGUCAUCAAAAGACAUACAAGCAUGGGCUGCUGAAGCGCCCCAUAGAUGCCGGCGAUGACAUCAAGACAGUCUUCAACCUCCUGCAGCGGAGUGCGGCUCUAUAUUCUAACGAGCCAGCAAUUGGGAGCAGGACUCUCGUCAAAAUGCACACAGAGACCAAGAAGGAUUCUAAUGGAGCAGAGAAAACAAUGUCAUAUCCGGAGCUGACCAGCUUCAAGUAUAUGGUAUAUUCAGAGUUCCAUGAAUUGGUACUAAAUCUAGCAUCGGGGCUGAGAAAGCUGGGUCUUCAAACCGGCGAUAUGUUGCAUAUAUUUGCCUCCACAAGCCCAAAUUGGCUUGCAAUGUCACAUGCGGCUGCUGCCCAGUCAUUUACACUGGUCACUGCAUACGACACGCUUGGGGAGUCUGGUGUUGAGCAUUCCCUAAAGCAGACCGACGCUAGAGCCAUGGUGGUCGACGCACACCUUCUAGCUACCAUCAGGCGCCCGCUUGAAAAGGUCUCGUCGGUCAAAUACAUCGUUUACAAUCCUAAAUCGGUUCUGCAGCAAGUCAAUGUCGAGGACGAAGUCCAGAAGCUCAAGGAUGCAUUUGGGCAACGAGAACUCACCUUCAUCAGCUUCGACGAUGUCGUCGCCAUGGGCAAGGCUCACCCCUGCGAGCCAACACUCCCUCGGCCCACUGACAACUUUUGCAUCAUGUAUACAUCCGGAUCCACUGGCCUUCCUAAGGGUGUCGCCAUAACGCACGAGGCCUUCGUCGCGGCAGUUGCGGGAAUGCACGGAACCGUUGCCAAUACGGUCUCCAAUGAAGACUUUGUGCUUGCAUAUCUACCGCUGGCUCACAUCUUUGAGUUAAUUCUCGAGAAUAUAGUCAUCCACGUUGGCGCUACUCUGGGAUUUGCCUCUCCAAGGACGCUGGCAGAUUCCGGCGUCAGGGAAUGUGGUGGAGACAUGAAGGAGUUUCGACCGACUAUCAUGGCCGGCGUUCCGCAGAUUUGGGACACUAUUCGCAAAGGAAUCCAAGGUCGCGUCCAGAACUCUGGCCUGAUCAAGAGGACAGUUUUUAACACCGCCUUGUCCCUGAAGAGCUCUCUCGUCUACUAUGGCCUCCCUGGCCAGGCGGUACUUGAUAGCCUUGUCUUUGGACAAGUGAAGGCCAUGACGGGUGGCAGACUCCGCUUCAUAGUCAACGGCGCCACUGGCAUCUCAAAGGAAACGGCUCACUUCCUGGCCAUGGUCCUUGCUCCUAUGAUUAGCGGCUACGGCUUGACGGAGACUUGCGCCAACGGCGCCCUUGGUUCGCCGCUGUACCGCCCCGCACCAGGUGCCAUAGGCCCGCCUACUCUGUCUGUCGAGGUAAAGCUCGUGUCGAUACCGGACCUCAACUACUCGACAGACACGAAGCCGCCGCGCGGUGAGGUCCUGAUCCGCGGCGGGCCUGUGGUGCGCGAGUACUACAACAACCCGGAGGAGACGGCCAAAGCCUUCACCGAAGACGGCUGGUUCCGCACCGGCGACGUGGGCGAGUGGGACGCCGACGGGAACCUACGCAUCAUUGACCGCGUUAAAAACCUCGUCAAGCUGCAGGGAGGCGAGUAUAUUGCCCUCGAACGUCUCGAGGCCGUCUACCGCGGCUCCCAGUUCGUCCAGGGCAUCAUGAUCUACGGAGACUCGAGCCACCCGCGACCUGUCGCCGUCGUGUCCCCGGUACCAAAAGCUCUCGCCAGCAUCCGUGGCGGGCCCGACGCUGACGCCGAUGCCGCCGACCUCCAGGCUUUGGCGGCGGACCCGGCCGUACAGGAUACCGUGCUCAAGGACCUCGUCCGUCUGGGGAAGGCGGCCGGAUUCACGAGGCUCGAGACUAUUGUGGGUGUCGUGAUCGUGUCUGAUGAAUGGACACCUGCGAGCGGACUGGUGACUGCCACACAAAAGCUCAACCGUAAGGCCCUCUAUGAGGAGUACAAGGACAAGAUCCAAGCCUCCCUCGCCCAAUAG